AUGAAGAGGUCUGUAGAGAAAAUUCCUUCGGUUACUGAUACAAGCAAUUUAUUUUCACAUCGACGCUAUUUCAUUAACAAUUUAGAUUCAUAUCAAGGAGAGCAAAUUUUAAAAGCCGUUUCGAAAAUUUUGGAGCGUAAUGUACCAACGAAAGAACAAUCGGAAACGGUUCUGGGAGAAGACAUUGAUACAGAAUCGCAAGUACCACCGGCAGAAAUUUAUGAAAUUAUAGGCACAGUAACGGAUUCCAAUAUUAAGACCCUGGAUAAUGUAGCAAGAGUUGUAGACAAAACAGAAGCUUUGCCUAAAAUGCUUACUUGCGGAACAGUUAUAAUUGAUAUCAGUUGUGACAAAGAUGAACAUAAAAUUGCCAAGGAUUAUCUUGCACUCCUGAAAGACUACUUGGAAACGCAAACGAAACCCGAUGUAGCAACUGAUGACGAAACUGCUGAAGAUUCGAAAAAACGAUGUCUCCUUCUGAUUUCGACUGUUCUAACAUGGGGUUGCACAAAGCCAUUAGACCCAGAUACCCCAGAUUUACCUUUUUUAGAAAGUGAUUUCCGCAAAAGGAAGCCACAUCCUAAUUACAAAAUUCACUAUGACAUUGAAAAUGAUGUGAUUGCUAUUGCUAGAAAAUAUAAAUCCCAAAUCAGGGCUACAGUGAUUGCGUCUGGUAUAAUUUAUGGUGGUCGUGAAGAUGUGCUAUUUUAUUGGUUUCAAAAAGCAUGGGAAUGUGAACGUCUUUUACCAAUAGUCGGACGAGGUGGCAAUAUAAUUCCUCUGAUUAAUAUUAUCGAUUUAGCACAAAUUGUGUAUAACUUGGUGACGGAUUUCCCCAAGAAACUCUACAUACUUGCUGUGGAACAAAACAUUUCCAAACAAAGAGAGAUUGUUAAAGCUUUAGGAAGAAUCGUUGGUUCGGGUAUGUUCACAUGCAUACCACCUGAAGAUGCUUUUUUAAUUCCCGAGAUAGACCAAAGAAUUUACGAUUCCAUAACACUAAAUUUGACAAUGGAGCCUACUUUUAUCGUUGAGACAAUGGGUCUUCAGUGGGUUUCGGAGCAAACAUUCGCAGAAAAUGUUCCGAUGUUAAUGAAUCAAUUUAAAAAAGAGAGAGGUUUGAAAUCUUUCAAGGUCAUUGUUUACGGACCUCCGCUGGUUGGGAAGACGACUCUGUCAAACCUCAUAUGCGAAUCUUACGGAUUAUUGUAUAUUUCUCCAGAGACAAUAGUUCAAGAUACUAUAGAUGAUUUGACAUGGCGAGUAAAUCAUUGGGAGAAAGGGGAAACCGCAGCUUUAGGCCCUAUAAUGGGUGAGGAGGCCGAACCAAGUGAAGUCGACGAUGAUUUUGGUGAGGAAGAGGGCUUUCAAGAAUCGGCGAAGCACACUUUGGCCAUGCUCCAAACUGGGCGCCCCCUCGACGAUGAAGAAAUUCUAGGAUACAUAAGACAACGAUUACUGUGCCGUGCGGCCACAAAUAGAGGAUGGGUACUUGAUGGUUUCCCGACCUCUUUAGGACAAUGUUCUUCAUUAUUUGAAAAAGGCGACGAACAAGAUUCAGAGACCGGGGAAGAGCGCAACGAAGAUGAUUUUGAUGAAGAUAUUGAUUUGUACAGUAAUGUUUUGAAAAAGUUAUUACCAGAUAUUGUGGUAUCUCUGGAAGCAUCCGACGAUUUCAUCUGCGAAAAAGCCAUGCGGCAACCCGAAGGUGAUGACCGUCUAGAUGAGGAAAUAGUUCUUAAAAGGUUAAAUGAAUUUCGAGCAGGGGACAUGAGAGAUAUAACUCCGCUGAAUUUUUUUGAUGAGCUUGACAUACAUCCUCUCGUGGUGCCCGUGAAAGAACAUUGUGAUUAUGCUAUGAAAAGCAUAUAUACCACUGUGGCCCUCCGAAUGGGAAGGCCAUGUCUUUAUGGGAAACUUAUUGCAAUAGCAGAAGCUACGAAAAAAAGAGAGAAAGAGGAAUUAGAGACAUUAAGGUCUAAGGAAGCAAAACUGAUGAAAGAAAUGGAAAAUAAAAUGAGGACUGAUCGGGAGGAAAAAAUGGAAUAUUGGUCCGAACUGUACGCUUUGCUGCGUGAAGAGGAAGAAGCCGCUCUAGCUGCUGCCAGUGAACCGAUGAGGAAUUAUUUAGUACAAUACAUAUUUCCUACUCUUACAAAAGGGUUAUUAGAAGUUGCCAAACUUCGCCCGAACGAUCCAAUAGAUUUUCUCGCCGAAUAUCUUUUUAAACAGAACCCCACAGGGAAAAUGUUGGAGCCCGGUUAUAACUUGCAAGCGGAAAAAUUAUUGGGUAAAAUAAAAAUCCUAGAUGAUGCUAUAAGGGAUCUGAACAUCCAAUUGGAGCCAUUACUGCCAGAUGAUGCGAAAGCGGACGAGGAAUCGACUUCAAAAAAGAAAAUAUAUAGCAUGACUGCAUUUUAA